UACAUUCUCUUUCCUUCUCUUUUCUUCCUUUCGUCCAUCCUUUACCAGCUCAAGAGAGAGAAACUACAGAGAGAGAAAAUCCCGGACACACAAAACAUCAAACACAGAAACUGCGGAGAACACAGAAGAAAACCACAAGACUCUGAUGAAGAACUGCGAGCUCUGCAAGGUUCCGGCGAGGACCUUCUGCGAGUCAGAUCAGGCAAGCCUAUGUUGGGAGUGCGACACCAAAGUUCACGGUGCCAACUUCUUGGUAGCCAGGCACACAAGGACCCUUCUCUGCCACGCUUGCCAGGCGCCUACGCCCUGGAAGGCUUCCGGCGCUAGGCUUGGCAACACUCUCUCCUUGUGCGACGCCUGCGCCGGCGGAACCAAGUUCGUCGCCGAUCAAGGUGAAGAAGAGAGUGAAGCAGGCAAUGACGAUGAUAUAUACACCGACGACGAUGAGGAUGAUGAUGAGGACGGCGAUGAGGAUGAUGACGACGUUGGCGGCGAUGAAGACGGUGAUAACCAGGUUGUCCCUUGGUCCUCCACCGCGCCGCCACCGUCGGCUUCUAGUUCAUCCAGCAGCGAAGAGUCGGUUAGCCGGUGCGAUAACGGCGAUGAGGGUGUUUCUUUGAAACGACGUCGUGAGGAUCAUGAUUUUCAGAAUUCGAACCACGGGGCAUAUCAACGGAGGCGCGGUGCAAAGUGGGGAGGAGAGGAGGUGGAUUGGUUAGGAUGCGGCGUGGAACCGCCGUUGAAGGUGUUGAAGCUGCGGCCAUUGAGCGGCGGAGAGACGAGACCACCGUCGUCGCCUUAGUAAUGGUAGAGCCGCUGAAGGCGUUAGAUCUGGAGAGACACGGAGCAUCUAAGCCACACGAUUGAUUAGAUAUUUUUAUUGUUAAUUAUUAUUAAGCUCUUGGGUUAACUUUAUUCUAACAAGACACCACCACCACUAGUUUUUUUAAAAAUGACUGUCAAAUGUAUGAAAUAUGAAUCAGUUUUUUAUAGUAUUAUAUCUUGAUUUUUUGUGUUGA